AAGGAAGAAGGGGAGGAGGGUCGGGAUGCUGAUGCGAGAGACAACUCGUACGUGACAACAACGAUGGAACAUAUUCUCGUCAUUUAAUCCGUUUUUUAUCUAAUCGGAACACGGAGGCGUUUUGUGCGGAAGAUUUUUUUGGGGGUAGGAAUCAGCCGAUUUGGCACGGUCUGCGUGGGUUGGCCGUAUUUUUGAGUCUUGACACAGGUGGAUUUCCGUCGUCAAAAACUAAAAAGGUACAUAGCAUCGACGGAGACAACAAACUGACUUUGAAGCGGAUUUUCUUUUUUUUUUUUUUUAUCCAAUAAUUUCCCCAAGGACUUGGAUGGCGGACGGAUCGUUUGGCCUGGUCGCGAGCGAACAGGCUAAUUUGGGCUAGCUCGACAGCUAGCCAAUGACAGGGGAGCGGUAGGAUGCUGGAAAGGAGGAGUUAUUCUUAGUGUUUUCUUUUUCCUCCAUUUCUUCCAGGAUAAACGCUUGACACUCUCGUUGCAAUGCCAUUUAAACGCCAAUGUGUGGAAUAAUAUUUCAAUUUGGAAACGGUUUGUUAUCCCCCCCCCACGCCCUCAUCGUUUUUUGGAAUCGCUCGCGAGGGGACGCGAUGAGGUGAUCGGCUAAGCUAAUAAUGUUGACAAAAUACUUGCUAGCUUUUUUUGUUUCGCUGCCGAAGUAUUUCUCACGUCUUUUUUGCUAACUUCUCAACUAAAACGUUUGACGAUGUUUGGGCUGGGACGGCAAGAUUUUGGAAAAGCCAUGCGUGGAACCUGCCAUGCCCGAAAGGCACCAAGUGAGUCAAACCAGCUUAAAGAUUUGACAACUAAACAUGGCUUAUAGGUAAACAUUUAAAAAUGACUUUUAUAUUAGCUAUUACGUUCGGUGAGUGUGGUUGCUGAUCUGUCAAGUAAUUUUUUUUAGUGCUUUGCUAAACAUUUUCACACGCAAGUAGGAUGCAUUAACAUGAAGUUAUUAUAAGAUGAAAUAUGGAAUGUGAGUUUGUUUUUGAGCUGAAAUAGAUGGAACCCACGGUGGUGUCUAGCCCUUUGGGGCAUGCGCAGUGGGAAUCGGAGCAAUCGUUUCCUCUUGGAUUUCUCACCCUGGACUCAGACAAUGGAGGUGUCCUGUGUCAAAACAACAGCGGGCAGACAGGUUUGCAUUUUGGCGACCCCAAUCUGACAUCCCAGAAAAGUGAAAUGAACAAAGUCUACCAGGACACUCCAGUAGAGUUGGAUCAACUUUUGUAUAUUUCCGAUUAUCCCUGUGGAGAUUUGUUUUUUGAGGACCGCCACUCCACUGCUUCAGAGACUUCUCCUCCCUCGGAAGCAAACAAGGAACCCGAUGAAACCAGUGACUUCAUGCUCUCGUGGCUGUUUUCUCCUAACCUUACUGAUGUGGUUGGAAAAAACUUUGCAUUUGAGGAGGCCUCUCUUCACACCCUCAACGGACAGACUGAGAUAAUAAUCAACAGUAGCGCUCCGGGACUGUCUUCCCAAUCCAAGUGGGAUUCUGAAUCAAACCCAGGAGAUUCACUUCUUUCCAUAGCUCCUCCCUCAGAAGAUCAGACUUGUGUUGCCUCAGUAUCAUUGGGUGUGUCACAUGAUGUCAGUGAAGGACUGCCAGGAGUGUCACAGGAGGAGGCUCCGGUACAGAGCAGGGUGACUUUGUCACGUGAAACUGGAGACAAAGGUUUAUUCCUAGAUCAAGUGACAGCUCCGCUAGUAAACAGUAGUUUGACCCCGCAGGAGCUACCUGAGAACAGUCUUCCACGUAACCACAGCAGCACAUCACCAACUUGUCCUUCAGAAUCUUUAUUGGAUUUAGAUGGUCUAGAACUUGACAGCGACCAUCCAACAGGUGCACAGCUGGAUCCGACCCAGGAUGCCACCCAAACGGUAUUCAGGACUUUAGCUCUCCAAGACCAGAGUGACUCAGCUCCUGUGAUUUGGUCGCUGACAGACUCUCCAGCUGAGGAUGUCUUCACCAACGGUGACCUCAUCCGCGGGAGCUUCUGUGUGGAAAGUACGUCGAAAGAUUUGAUGGAAAGCAAAAUAUGCUCCACGGCUGAGCAUCAAGCCAAUGAGGAGAUGUCUUUGGAUGGAGCGUGGAACUUAAAUCCGCCGGAGGGAGUAAAUGAGGAAACUGCUCCUGUUAACAAUCAACAGGAUUUUAAUGUCCUGGAUUUGAGCAGUUGUCCUGAAAAAUCUGGAUGGAUGAUUGAGCAAAGUGUGGAGACUGUUUCCCUCUCUAAGAUGGUGGGAGAUGACUCACUGCCGAUGGUUUCGGCUGUGAACGCAAAAGAACAAGAUGCCUCGCCUCUCAAAACUGUCUUCGAUGCGUUAGACCAGGACGGAGAUGGAUUUGUUCGCAUUGAGGAGUUUAUGGAGUUUGCUACCGCCUAUGGCGCCGAUCAGGUUAAAGAUCUCACCAAGUUUUUGGAUCCCAGCGGUCUGGGAGUCAUCAGCUUUGAAGACUUCCACCGAGGGAUUUCUGCUAUCGGCAAUGGAGGUCCCGAGCCGCAGCUGUACAGCGCAAACUACAGCCCGGGCGACGGAGCCGUCGGUUGUCCGGAAGAAUACGACGAGCAAAAUGAGGUGACGGACAGCGCUUACCUGGGUUCCGAGAGCACCUACAGCGAAUGCGAGACCUUCACGGACGAGGACACGGGCGCCCUCGUGCCCCCCGAGAUGCACGAGGAUGUGGACACGGACAGCGGCAUCGAGGCGGCACUUCAUGACCCCGAAGAAGCCAUAAACAGGUUCUCGCUCAACUCGGAGCUACACAACCCCUCCCUAGUGGCGGUCAUCGGUGGCGAGGAGGAGCAUUUUGAAGAUUUCGGGGAGAGCAACACCUCGGAGCUCCUGCAAGAAAGCGCCGAGGAGGGCGCCGAUGUCGCCCUCGACUGCUCUCUGGCACAGAGCCCUCAGCAGAUCGAUGUCUCCGCUCUGCUCUCGCCGAGCGCACCCGCUCCUCUCCCAGACUGCUUUCAGAGCUUCCUCAAGGAGGAGGCGCUGGAUUUUUUCUGUAGCCAAUGUCACAAACAAAUAAGUCGUCUGGAGGACCUCUCCACCCGUCUCAAUUUCCUAGAGAUGACUAGCUCUGGCAAACGAUUGUCCAGCAAGAAGGUGGCAAGACAUCUUCUGCAGAACAACUCGAUAACGCUAGACACGGUCAGCGACCUCACCCGUGACAUCCUUGAGUUGGCUGACAAUGACAUCACAGACAAGAUGCUACUACUUGAGCGUCGCGUGGCGGAGCUGGAGAAGGAGUCGGAAACUUCGGGGGAGCAGCACUCGCGCUUACGGCAGGAGAACCUCCAACUGGUGCACCGCGCCAACGCUUUUGAGGAGCAGUUGAAGGAGCAGGAGCUGCUCGCCGACGAGCAGCUGGAGCACGAGACCCGGCGCCACAAGGAGGCCCUGAGCAAGCUGGAGAGGGAAAGAGGUCUGGAGAUGGAAAACCUGCAGUCCAGAUUGCAGCAGCUGGAGGAGGAGAACAGCGAGUUGAGGUCCUGCGUUCCUUGCCUACGAGCAAACAUCGAGAGACUAGAAGAGGAAAAGCUGAAGCUGGAAGACGAGGUAGACGUCACGAACGACAAAUGGCGGGAUGAGAUGGAGACCCGACAGAAAAUGGCCGACAAGCUGAGCCAUGAACGCCAUCAGAACCAAAAGGAGAAAGAGAGCACGCAGGAGUUGAUUGAGGACCUACGUAAGCAACUGGAGCAUCUGCAGUUGUACAAAUUGGAGGCGGAAGCAAAACGGGGCCGCUCGCCCAGCGCCGGACUGCAGGAGUAUCAGACCCGAACCCGGGAAGCAGAACUGGAACAGGAGAUCAAACGACUCAAACAGGACAACCGCAGCUUAAAGGAGCAGAACGAUGAGCUGAACGGCCAGAUCAUCAACCUGAGCAUCCAGGGAGCAAAGAGCCUGAUGUCCGCUUCCUUUUCCGACUCCCUGGCGGCCGAGAUCAACUCGGUGUCCCGCUCUGAGUUGAUGGAGGCCGUCCACAAACAGGAGGAGAUCAACUACAGACUCCAGGACUACAUUGACAAAAUAAUCGUGGCCAUCAUGGAGUCCAACCCCUCCAUCCUUGAGGUCAAAUAGGCUCCGAUUAGAUGGCGGGGCAAGAAAGCCACACAGUGACCUCAUCAUCUAGAAUAGCAACAAGUCAUCCAACACCAUAAUAGAACAUUAUGAUAUUUGUGUGUGUGUGUGUGCGUGCGUGUCAAGCGCUCCUCAGGUUCUGGUGACUUCCAUGUAUUUUGGUCAGAGGAACCUGAGCCUGCAUGAAUGAACGCCCCCAUCCUUGAACUUUGAACUUCAAAAGGAAGGACAAUUGUAUACCUUGAAGGCCUUAAACGCAGAGGUGAUCAAACGUAAACCGGAAGCGUCGGGAUUCUUGUACCAAGCUGCUGACUCGUGAGGAUGAAGCACUGGUCUGAUUUAUUUUUCUUUUCUUUAUUGAUGAAGGACCUUAGUGAGUUAUUGCAUCAUUUGUUUCUGUUUGUAUUUUUUUUUAAGCAAUGAAACAAGGGUCCUGGUCUUCAGGUGGGAUGGAAAGUGAGAAGGAAAAUUACACAAAUCUCACAGUACAGUUCCAAGUAAAAAAAAAAAUUAUCAAAAAUGUUUUCACGCCAAUGAAGUGGUGAUGGAUAAUUUUCCGCAGUGUUAAAAAAACAAAAAAAAAACAGCUCCCACCUGAUUCCAGCGUUCUCUUGCUGAGUGUUUAUGAAUUACUGUCAAUGAAACUGUCGAGACUGAAAAGAAGUUUAACUGGUUAUAUGUGAAGAGUAUGGAAAACCGUUUGAGCAUUUAUAACGAGAGAGCUUGAUGAGUGCAGUUUACGAAUAAGGUUUAAUUGUGCACUUGUAGCGGGAAAAAUGUUACGAUUUAAUAAGUUCUAUACGUACUCAAACGGUUUUUAUACUGGAGUAGAAUGGUUGCACUUUGCACUAAAUUUUCUUUUGCUUAUAUUGUGUUUUUAUAUAUUUUUGUCCAAGGGAUCAAAAUGUAAUUUGACAAGUUUGCGGGAAUUUAAAGCACGCUCAGGUGUGGGCUCACGCAAUGACCAACCUACGAGGCAAUCAUAACUGCCGCAUUUCAUCGAAAAAGACUUUGCUAAGUUCGCGCAGUCGCGCCUCAAGGUCAACCGUGGACUCGGCCGAAGAGCCGACCUUGAAGUUUUCUUUCACCCACGUUGCACACGGAUGCUGCACCCAUGUGGACAAAUGAACAAUUGAGUAAGUCUCAAAUCUUGCUGGGGUGGGGAAAAAAAAAAAAAGUCCAGCUUUGCUUUGUGCACAAAAUGUCCUCAUGCUCACUUUGUCACUCACAACGCUUUACCUGCCACUCCUCGGAAUAUGGCCUUGGAUGUAAAUGACUUGUAAAGUUUUUUCUACGCUCAUUCUAGAUUGUAGGUAUUUUUUUAGUCAGAUGGGAAUAACACCAACAAAUUAUUUUCUCAUCUCCUAUGGUGAGGAAAAAUUGCUGAGGCUGCCUAUAUUCAUUUCUAGCAUGUAGCGUGUACAGUUUAUGUUCUCUUGGAAUCACACAGAUAUUUAUUCAAUAUGUGACACAAAGACAUCAUCUAUUCUUUUUUGUUAUUUUAAGGCAAUAUGGAAUUUACGGUGACUAAGAAAUGUGCGUAUCAUCUCAGCUCGUUCGUAAUAAUUUGCUGCAAAAGGUUAUUAGUUGAGGUAUUCUGUAUAUUAUCGUGACCCCUCGAGGGUCUUUCUCAUAGCUAUACAACUUCUAGAGUCGUCUUCCCGUUUGGAGUCAGGUACUGCAUGGAAACACCGAUUUUCAUUGUAUACUUCUUCAAUAUUCAGGCUACUGACAUUCUCACUUUCACUGCGAUUGGAACUUUUUUUUUUUUUUUUACAGAUGUGGUUCUCAAAUUGUUCUGAAACACUUUGAGAAUGACUUCAGUGAUUCCAAUUUUACUAACAGGACACGGAAUGAUGCCAGCUUGCUGAGCAUGAGUGAUGGUUGACGCACUAAUACUUUAAACAGUGACAUGCAACAUUCCUUUCUUUUUUUGGGCAGAGCUGAUUGCACUUUAACCACAUUUUAUUCUUUAAAAGUAAAUAUGUGCUAAUAUAACCCCAGUUCAUCCGAACAGGAAAAAAAAAAUCACUCUGCUAGUCUAAAACACUGCCUAUAAACAGGCCUGGUAGGAAAAGCACUGACCACACACACACACGACAUUGUUAGAUCAUCAAUUGUAAAACCUUUGGUGUAAAUAUCAAUUGUCAUUUUUGUGGAUUUGACUCCCAUGCUCACUUCCAGUGUCCAAAGAAAAUUCCAGGCACCACCAUCACUAUGCGUAGUGAAUGAUUUGACAUUUAUUGUAUGACAUGGAAAGAUGAAAUAUUGUAGAAAGAAGAAAUUGUAAAACAUAGUCAUAUUUUGCGAAAUAAAUGUAUAAAUUAUAUCAGUAUGGGUUAAAACAAUGCUUUAUUUUUAUGUUUGGAAUAUUUCCUGUACUUGGGGUAAAUACUAUCAUUUCAGUCAUUGUAAAAAGAGAAAUUAUAAAAGUAAGCAGUGAGCAUAUGAGUAGGAAAAUAAAAGGAAUAAAGUUA